CAAUUUUUUUUUUUUUUCUCCUUUGAAUUUCAUUUUUAUUGAACUAAUUUCAAGAAACAAUUAUAUAUAGUUAUGUAGAGCAGUUAAAUAUCUCAGGUAAUUCCACCACCUAGUUACAGGCUGUAUCAGUCGUUUCACUCUCUCUCUUAAUUCUUGAUUUCUUGUUUUCAGGAAUAAAUAGAUGAGUAGCAGAAGUAAUACAUAUAUAUAUAUACUUAACGGAGAGAGUGAUUUUGGGGAAGAGAACUUAACGGCCACAUGGGGACGCAGAUUCUGGAGAUCAACUUGAUCUCCGCCCAGGGUUUGAAGCCGCCGUCUGCUAACUUGCGCCGAAUCCAAACCUACGCCAUCACCUGGAUUGACCCUGCGACGAAGCUCCGAACCCAUGUGGACUCAGUCGGCGGCGAGAACCCUACCUGGAACGACAAGUUCCUCUUCCGAGUGUCCGACGAAUUCAUCGCCGGGGACACCUCCGCCGUCGCCGUUGAGAUCUUCGCCGUCGGUUACAUCAAGGAUAUCCUCAUCGGCACUGUGCGUUUUCUUCUCAGCACGUGUCUGAAGCGAGCGGCGUCGCCGAUCGACUCCGCCGGCGAGGGUUCGAUCGGAACCCCUUCCUGCACUGGCUUGCAGAUCCGCCGCCCCUCCGGCAGAUUCCAAGGCGUUCUCAACAUCGCCGCCGCCGCGUACCGCUCCUCCGAUUACGCCGUCCUGGAGAACGUCUCGGCCGUGAGUUUCCGAGGCCUGAUGGAGAAGAAGGAGAACGAGUCCCGCCGGCAGCGGAGGCUGAGCCGAGGCGGAUCUAGGCGGAGCCAGCAGUCCUCCGGCGGAGAAUCAUGUGAUUUUUCCGACGGUGCCGAUUCGACCACGUCGUCUUCCUCGACGGCUUCAACGGCGUUGAAGGAGUGGAACUGUGUCCGACAAAUGGCGGGAAAGAUGAAAGAUGCCAAAUCCAACGGCGCCGGUGGAUUGCUUUGCGGGUUGAAGAUGCAGAGGAAGAUCCCCUUCUGUCCGUCGGAUCAAAAUCUCGACUUAUGGGAAGACUCUUUCGAUGAAGAGAAGGAUUGAUCAACGGCUGAGAUCACUCCAAGCAGAGAUCACUCAAAUAUCCACACUGUUAUCCAUUUUUUUUUUUUUACCUGAUAAAAUUUUGAAGCAAACUCUACAAGCAGUGUGGAUUAAAUUCAUUUAGUAUUCUUUACAAUUCUUUUUUCUUUUCCAAUAAAUUGAAUUCAUUA